AUGGAGGAGGUGAUGGAGGAGGUGAUGGAGGAGGUGCUGGAGGAGGUGAUGGAGGAGGUGAUGGAGGAAGUGCUGGAGGAGGUGAUGGAGGAGGUGAUGGAGGAGGUGAUGGAGGAGGUGAUGGAGGAGGUGAUGGAGGAAGUGCUGGAGGAGGUGAUGGAGGAGGUGAUGAAGGAGGUGAUGGAGGAGGUGAUGGAGGAGGUGAUGGAGGAGGUGAUGAAGGAGGUGAUGGAGGAGGUGAUGGAGGAGGUGAUGGAGGAAGUGCUGGAGGAGGUGAUGGAGGAGGUGAUGAAGGAGGUGAUGGAGGAGGUGAUGGAGGAGGUGAUGGAGGAGGUGAUGAAGGAGGUGAUGGAGGAAGUGCUGGAGGAGGUGAUGAAGGAGGUGAUGGAGGAAGUGCUCUGGAGGAGGUGA